UGGCGUGUGCACGUCGCCUGUGAUGUUAUUGUUAUAAGUGAGGUGUCGUGAAUUUUUUGUAUUGACUGUACUGUACAGUGUAUAAUAUAAACAUUAUACGGAGAUGGUUAUCCUCACCAACCUCGCCGACAUGUCCGAAGCCCCCUCGAGCCCCGAGUGGGACAUCAACGACGCGUCCGUGCCGCGGGUGACCAGCUUCGACACGUUCAGCGAGUGGUGCGACGGGCACGUGAGGAGAGUGUACGGCCCCGCCUGCGAGGAGGCCCGCAGACACUCCUCGGGCUGGGCGAUGAGGAACACCAACAACCACAACGUCCACAUCCUCAAGAAGAGCUGCCUCGGAGUGCUCGUGUGCUCGUCGAGAUGUCGCCUGCCCGACGGCAGUAGAGUACACUUACGACCGGCCAUCUGUGAUAAGGCGAGGAAGAAACAACAAGGCAAGCCCUGCCCCAACCGCGUGUGCAACGGGGGCCGGCUCGAGGUCCAACCGUGUCGAGGUCACUGCGGCUACCCGGUCACACACUUCUGGCGCCACACGGAACACGCGAUAUUCUUCCAAGCCAAGGGAUCCCACGACCAUCCUCGACCCGAGGCCAAGGGAGCCAGCGAGGUGCGGAGGUCGCUCGGCGCCGGCAGACGGGUCCGCGGGCUUGCGCUACUACUGGCGAGGGAGGCCGCCAUCGCUGACAAAAUACUGACCGUCAAACAAGACAAGCAAAUGACACACAAGAAUAACAUCCACGCACCGCCCCCGCCGCUCAUACCAGACAACCAGCGAUCCUUAACCUGCACGUGCGGACCGUUCGAAUGCAACUGUCGGUGGCGGUCCGAGUCGGCGGCGGAGCCCUACGCGGCGGCGGCGUGGACCCCCAGCGAGCACCAGUCCUACACCGCUUACAUUCCCCCCAUACAGCCCACACCGGCGGCUGCGUCACACACGUACGACCCCACCUCCUUGCCGGCGGACGACAUCUUCCAUCCAGAGGAGAUAUUCCAAUUGGACCAACCCAUCCGCCUAGACUUCCCCCUCGAGGACAAUACCUUGGAGUCGCCGCCGACGUUCGCGGAUCUCAACAGCGACACCUCCAGAGCCGACGACGCCUAUUGGUUGGAGUGGCAGAGACCCGCUGUCGGCUCGGACGCCAGCGACACGCCGUCCCCCGAGCUCUUCAACAACUACCAACAGACGGAGCCCUACUGCGAGCAGCCCUACAUACACCAGAACUACUACCCGGAGGAGGCGCAGUACUACCCGAUGGAGCACAUGAGAGAGUCGCCGGGGAUGGAGGGUCAGGGGCAGAGGUACUUCCGGUACGGUCAGGACUGCGAGCCCAACAACAUGGACGUCCACACGUGGAACUACUCCGACUGCGCGUUCAGCAACCAGCCGGCGGAGUCCAAGGAGUACUACAACGUGCACUCGCUGAGCGUGAACACCUUCAACCCGCUGUUAUAAUAUUAAUUCGCUAGUUGUUGUAAAUAUUCCUAUAGAACUGUUAUACCUAGUUGUAAAGUCGACAUAAGAUCCUUGUUUUAAACGAAAUGUGAUUUGUUCCUUUAAGUUAAGUUCUAGGUUAUUGUUAAGCGAAUGUUCGAGGCGACGAGAAA